AUGGCGGUUCGAAAACGGGAGCCAGAUGCUCCCAACGGACACGCGAACGGACACGCGAACGGCCACGCCAAUGGCCACAUUACACAGCCAGCGACAGAUAUCACCAGAUGGAGAUUGAAGGACGAUAGAGGACGACAGACGUGGCAUUACUUGCAAUCCGUUGAAGAAGUUAAACAAUGGCCUUUGACGACCGCCGACAAGUACCAUCUUGGCCUCGACACGGAACUACCGGACCUAUCGAAACCACAAACACCUCUCCAAUCCGCCGACAAUGGGCUUCAGUUCUUCUCACACCUACAAUUGGAACCUGGCAACUGGGGUUGUGAAUAUGGCGGCCCAAUGUUCCUACUUCCCGGACUUAUCAUUACGCGAUACGUUAUGGAUAUGCCCAUGUCUCAGCCAGAGCAAACGGAAAUCGUUCGGUACUUGUUCAACAUGCAGAAUGUAGGCAGCAAGAACGGUGGCGAUGGUGGUUGGGGUCUGCAUAUCGAAGGCGAUUCUUCCGUUUUUGGCACUGCGAUGAAUUAUACGACACUCCGACUCCUUGGUGUACCUGCGGAUCAUCCUCGAAUGCGACAAGCCCGGCAAUGUCUUUCAGAAUUGGGGAGCGCGUUAAACGGACCGCAUUGGGCCAAGUUCUGGUUGUCGGUACUCGGGGUGACUAAAUGGGAUAUCGUCAAUCCUGUGCCUCCUGAGCUCUGGCUUCUACCCGACUGGACUCCAAUCUCUCCCUGGAGAUGGUGGAUUCACAUGCGCAUGGUAUUUCUGCCAAUGAGCUUUGUCUGGUCGAGGCAAUGGUCUUACCCUCGAGCAGAGUCCGAUCCUUUGAUUCGAGAACUGCGUCAGGAACUGUUUCCCAAGCCGUAUGAUGAGAUCCGAUUCUCCAGCUAUCGCAACGCCAUCAGUCCAGCAGACAACUAUCAUCCCAAAUCAUGGAUUCUGAACUUGAUCAAUUGGCUACUUGUAUUCGUCUGGAUCCCUUUCUUGCGGUACGAUGCCCUCAUCAAGAAGGCCGAAGACUGGGUAUGGCAAUUGGUACAGAUCGAAGAUGCGAACACUGAUCAUGCCUGCCUUGCUCCUGUCAAUGCACCCAUGAACACGCUUGUUUGUUUCAUACAACAGGGUCCUGAUUCGAAGGCUGUCCGUAAACACCUGGACCGGUUAGCAGACUACUUCUGGGUUUCAAAAGACGGCAUGAUGGCCAACGGUACAAAUGGCGUCCAGAAUUGGGAUACUGCCUUUGCGAUUCAAGCCGCUGUCUCUGCUGGAAUAGCUGCGAAACCUGAGCAUCGCAAGACACUCGUCAGAGCCUUGGAGUUUCUGGAAGACCAACAGAUCCUGGAUCAUCCAGCCGGCUACGAGAACUCGUCAAUCUAUUCGGAUCCACCCACCCAGAAGACAUCCCCUGAGAUGGGCUAUCGUCACGCUCGACGAGGAGCAUGGGGUUUCAGCAAUCGCACUCAAGGAUAUACUGUGUCCGACUGCACUGCUGAGGCUUUGAAGUCGAUCUUGCAGCUUCAAACCAUGCCCGACCCCAAGAAUCCACAGAAGGCAUUAUUCCCCAGGCUCUUGGACGACCAGAGGCUGAAAUGGGCUGUGGACAUUCUCCUGACCAUGCAGAACUCUGACGGAGCAUGCAGCUCGUACGAGCCUACUAGAGGUAGCGAGAAGCUCGAACUGUUGAACGCCGCGGAGGUCUUUGGCCGGAUCAUGAUCGAAUACGAUUACCCAGAAUGCACGACCGCAUGCGUUACGACGCUCCAUCUCUUCAACCAGCACUACCCAGAUUAUCGUGCCGACGAAAUCCGAAGAUUCAUUACUCGAGCGGUGCAAUGGAUUCGGACGAAUCAACGAGCGGAUGGGUCGUGGUAUGGCAGCUGGGGUAUAUGCUUCACAUACGCGGGCAUGUUCGCGUUGGAGAGUCUUGCUACCCAAGGUGAGACACACGAAAAUAGCGAGAGAGUCAGGAGAGCGUGUCGUUUCUUCCUGGACCGACAGAAUGAAGACGGCGGCUGGGGCGAAUCGUACAAGAGCUGCGAGACGAGCGUCUGGUGUCCGCAUCCGGAUGGCUCGCAAGUUGUACAAACGGCCUGGGUUAUCAUCGCGUUGCUCGAGGCGCAGUAUCCCGAGAAAGAGCCUAUCGAACGCGCAAUCCGUCUGUUGAUGCACAGGCAGCAGCCAAACGGUGAAUGGCUUCAGGAGGGGAUCGAAGGCGUGUUCAACAAGAGUUGCAUGAUCUCAUAUCCCAACUACAAGUUCAUCUUCCCGAUCAAGGCGUUGGGCAUGUAUGGAAGGCGAUUCGGCGAUGCGCAGGCCAACGGCACCAGGUGA